UUCUUCCCUCUCCCUGCUUUCCCCUCCCCCACUUUGCACCAGAGAAGCCAAAUUUAGGCAUGCUUUACAGUUUGAGGACUAAUCUGAAAGAGGAAGAAGAAUCUGUAUACAUUGGCUAGCAUAUAUGCCCUGCCCUCUUUCUUCCUGAAAAUCUUAGCAACCCAUCUUUUCAAAGAAGCUUGCGUAAACAGGCACCCUGUAAACGGAGUGUGCUUUCAAGACCCUUCAGGGUAUUCAGAUUCACUAUGCAGCUCACCAAGACGGUUAGCUCUCCAAGGGACGAAUAGAUUGGAUUUAAUGAAGACUUGGAGUGUGCUUCUGAGAAUAAAUGCAAAAGGACCCCGAACUGUCAAUCUUGAAGGCAAAAGGUCUAGUGGAAUUGGGGUGGGAAUUAUGACUAUGACACAAAACAAUAAAUGAAAAUUAUCAAGAAAGUAAAAACAAAACACUGCAGGACAUCAAUGGAGAAAUGUACUAAAUUGGAUUGAAAGGAAGAGGAAUGGUUUUUUGUUUGACCGGAAAUAAAAGAAGAAGUACUAUUACUACCUUCACUUAAUAGAAGACACCAGCCAAGGCUUCAUCUGAAAUUACGUCAUAAAAAGCACUGACCACUAACUAGGAACAUUCGUGAAAGGCACUGCAGUGUCAGAAAGAGGUACCAAGGAGACAGUCCUAGAGAAACAUGGAUGGAGUCGGGAAUCUGACAUUAUCUGCUGCCAAUAACAACACGUGCAAUGACACUAUUGAUGACUUCCGCAAUCAAGUGUAUUCCACCUUGUACUCUAUGAUCUCUGUUGUGGGUUUCUUUGGAAAUAGCUUUGUGCUCUAUGUCCUCAUAAAAACAUAUCACAAGAAGUCAGCUUUCCAAGUAUACAUGAUUAAUUUAGCAGUAGCAGAUCUACUGUGUGUGUGUACACUGCCUCUCCGUGUAGUCUAUUAUGUUCACAAAGGCAUUUGGCUUUUUGGUGACUUUUUGUGCCGUCUCAGCACCUAUGCCUUGUAUGUCAACCUCUAUUGUAGUAUCUUCUUUAUGACAGCCAUGAGCUUUUUCCGGUGUAUUGCAAUUGUUUUUCCAGUACAGAACAUUAAUUUGAUUACACAGAAGAAAGCCAGGUUUGUAUGUGUUAGCAUUUGGAUUUUUGUGAUUUUGACCAGUUCUCCAUUUCUUAUGUCCAAAACUUACAAAGAUGAGAAAAACAAUACCAAGUGCUUUGAGCCUCCACAGGACAAUCAAGCUAAAAAUUAUGUUUUGGUCUUGCAUUAUGUGUCAUUGUUUAUUGGAUUUAUCAUUCCUUUUGUUAUUAUAAUUGUAUGUUACACAAUGAUCAUUUUAACCUUACUUAAAAAUUCACUGAAGAAAAAUCUAUCAAGCCGCAAAAAAGCUGUAGGAAUGAUCAUAGUUGUGACAGCUGCCUUUUUGAUUAGCUUCAUGCCAUAUCAUAUUCAACGCACCAUCCACCUUCAUUUUUUACACAAUGAAACUAAACCUUGUGAUUCUGUUCUUAGAAUGCAAAAGUCAGUGGUCAUAACCUUGUCUCUGGCUGCAUCAAAUUGUUGCUUUGACCCUCUCUUAUAUUUCUUUUCAGGGGGGAGCUUUAGGAGAAGACUGUCUACAUUUAGAAAGCAUUCCUUUUCCAGUGUGACUUAUGUAACCAAGAAAAAGGGCUCUUUGCCAGAAAAAGGAGAAGAAACAUGUAGAGAAUAAUUUAAAUCCAUUUCCAAUGAAAAUCAUUGAAAAAAGUUUCCCAAAUAUUACCUCAAAUUAUCUACAAAAAAUGAGUAUUUCCAUUAAUAAUUUAUAAGUACCUAACUGCAUGUAUUCCUAUAAAUAUAUCUCAUUUAUGAAUCCACACUGUUAAAGGUCCUAAGGAUAUUUUAAGUUUUAAAAAUUCAGCCCACAACUAUUUUUUUAAGAUUUAUUUAUUUAUUUAUUUGACAGACAGAGAUCACAAGUAGGCAGAAAGGCAGGCAGAGAGAGAGGAAGGGAAGCAAGCUCCCUGCUGAGCAGAGAGCCUGAUACGGGGCUUGAUCCCAGGACCCUGGGAUCAUGACCUGUACUGAAGGCAGAGGCUUUAACCCACUGAGCCACCCAGACACCCCUCAGUCCACAACUAUUAACUAAAUUAUAAGUCGUUUUUUGAUCAUUCACUGAAAGGUGAAGAACAUUUUUGUCUUGGCAUUGUAAAAAAUGGAUCUGAGACCAAAGUUUUUUCCCUCAAAUAAAAGCUUCACAAAGGAUAAGAACUAGUCCUUUAAGAUACAAAAUUAGCAAUUAGUCCCCAAUCACUCUAACAUAUUCUUUUGCAUGUGUGCCGUUAGAUGAAAACUGGAAUGAUCCAGGAGUUACAUAAAAUGUCCUGUCACCCUCUUCCUUUGUAGUAUUGAAUGACUAGGCGAAGUAGGGCCAUUUCUUCCAAAACAGAAUAUGCAAGUGCUAGAACACCCUAGUAUGCAGCCAAAUGGCCCUAAAGUUUCCAGGUUGCAUAUUGCAACCUGAGUAGUAUGAACUUGGUCAAAAGCUAGUUUGUGUCCAAUUUCCUUCUGCUCCUGACCCAGGCCCUCAAAAGAGAAUGAUGGAGUUUUUGUUGCUUAUUGAAGUUCUUACAGGGAAUUCUCUUCCUACAAUUCUUCCUUAAGAACCAAACAACUGACAGUCCCAUAUAUGAACAGAAAUAAUUUAAAAUUUAUCUAAAGAAGAGGGAAAGGAUUUUACUUUUCUACAGACUUAUUGGGAUCAAAACUACCUACAGUGGGUUUUUGAAUAAAAUCUGAAUGUUGAUACUAUAAGUUGUUUUGGAAGAACUUAUAUUUAUGUAACUAUAUCAGAGAUUUUGCUCUAUGACAUGCACUUAUGCAUGGAAGUUAAUUAUAAGUUUUAUUAUUAUUUUAUACUUUUUCUUCUCUAUUGGCAAGUAGAUAGAAAUAUCAAGAUGUUUAUGUCGGGUUUUAUAUUACAGUGGAAGCUUUGUUCUUUAAACACACCAACUUGGUUGAGGCUGAAAUAUAAUAUUCAUGGGCAAGCUUCUGCUGAAGUGUGGUCUGUUCCUUCACUCUGUGUUUCAAAAAGCAUAUUACCUCAGAGAAAAUGAUAAUGGUGAAGAAAAAAUCUAUGAAAGGAUUCUAUCUGAAUCUUCCAUGUGUAUGUUAUUUCUAUUUCACUUCUAAUGUCGCAACCCUUUAGGAAAACACUCAAAACAAAAAGAAAGAGGACCUCUAAGGCAUAGUAUAUCUAAUUGGUAUCCAUUUAUUUUUAACAUACCUGAGAUUUGGCAGUAUCUACAUUUUAUCCUAUACCAUUUUUUUCCCUGUUUGAGGUGAAGAUCAAACAUAAUACCUAUCAAAACAUUCAGUCCUCAUUUCUCGUGUUCUUAGCUUUCUGCUAUUCCAUAAGUAUAGUGUAAUGGAAGAGCACUACAUUGGAAGCCGAAGACCUGGUUGCUAAUCUGGUCUCUAGUACUUACUAGUGGUGUAACUUUAAGCAAGUGACAUGAAUUCUGAUUUUCAACUUCUUCAUUUGUAAAAUGGUAAUAAAAACACUUGUCUUGCCUUUUUUUACAGGGCAUUUUUGAAACUCAAAUGUGAUCAUAACAUACAUAUGUAUAUUAACAUUCAUAUGUUAAAGUUUUACCUUUAAUUCUACAGUACUUAUAAAUGGUUUUGUUACUUAAAUAUACCGAUUCAUAUUUACAACAUCGAUUCUAAAGUUUGAAAGAUUUAGAACAAAAUAUGGACAUAAUUAAAUUCUAAUGCAAAUUUAGAAACCUUUUGUCUUACUUAUUCCCACUUCUGUGUUUUCUUAUGUUCUCACUUUUGCUAGCAGUCCCACUUUCUCCCACAGAGAAGCAAACCAACAAUCUAACCACAAAUUUGUUUUUAUUCUUUAGAUCAUUUAUGUUUAUAUCUUGUAUGAAACUGUUUAAUAAUUAUUUUCUAGUUUUUUCUUAUGUGUAAGUAUUUUCUCCCAAAGUGGACUUAACACUUUAUGGAAUUAUCAAUUCCUUGAGGUUGAAAACUAUGCCUUUAAAUCAGGGUACUUAAUUAAUGACCUUUUAUUCUGUUUUAAGUAUUUUAUUUAUAUCAUCUCAUUUAAUGUUUAUAAUUGCCCUGUGAUAUAUAUACUAUUCUUACUCCUAUUUUUCUGAUUUAAAAACUGAGACACAAAGAAAUUAAGUAACUUGCCCUUUGUCAGACAGCUAGUAAGGAUCAGAACUAGGAUUCAAAUCUAAGCACUCUGACUCCAGAACUCAGUUUCUUAAUUUGCUAUGCUUUCCUGCUGAACCAUUUUCUACCUUCAAAAUAAGGAGUAAAAGUGAAGGUUUUUUUAAAUGAUUUAUUUGUUUAUUUUACAAAACAGGUUUAAAUAACUAUAUGCUUAAUUUUUUAGAUACAUGAACACAAGUACCCUGAACUAAAGCCUAUGAUUUUAUUUGGAAAAACAUCUUAAGAAUAUUAUAUACUAUCCUAGAAUAUUGAAUUUGAAGGACUUUAGUGUUUAUAAUUUCUAAUGUCUAUAUAAUACUCUGUGGAAUUACCAUGCCACAGUCUUUACAUACAUUCCUUUGGUUUCUAAUAGUCCUUUGAAAAUACAUCAGCUAUUCCAGCUCAUUUUCAUUAUACAUUUGGUGUUUUUAUUUUGUUCAGCCAAGAGUUUCAGCAUUCAAAAAAUAAUGUCAAAUAUUAAGGCAAUGCUUUGUAUUUUAUUCUCCAGAAUAAACAUAAAUGGUUUUGUAUACUCA